AUGAUUCAGUUGCUACCCACAAAUAAUUCAUCAAAUGAACUAUUUACCAAUAUUGAUCUAAAUCAGAAUAAUGAUUUCGCAUCGAUUUUAUUUAUACGAUCUAAUGGUAAUAAACAUUAUUUACCAGUGAAAUAUCCUAAUACAAUUUAUAAAUGGUAUGAAAAUAUAUUAAUCCAUUUAGAAAAGAAUAAAUUUCUUCAAUGGACAUUAAUUACUAUAUCAGAUUAUGAAGAAUGUAUAGGCUUGAAAUUAAUUCAAUGGAAUAAUGAAUUGAUUACAUUAAUUAAGCAGAUAGCACCAAUUUUACAACAAAUUGAUUUAUCCUAUUUAAAAUUGAAUGGAAUCCCAUCAGAUUUGUUAUUACGAUUUUCUACACGUUUAUUCUCAUUAAAUCUUAGUUAUAAUCAAAUUGAAAUGAAUAUUUUCCAUGAAAUUAAAUCAGUCUAUUUAUGGUAUAGAAAACAGAAACAUAAUGAGAAUACAAUAAAACAAGAUUUAUGUUGGAUUCAAACUAUCAAUGAAAUAUACUUAGAUCAUAAUAAACUUGAAGAUCAAUUUCCAUAUGAAAUAUCUAAUUAUAUGAUUGGAUUACGGCGACUAUAUAUUCAAAACAAUGGGAUAACUAGUUUAAAAGGUUUAAAUGGUCUUACACAACUACAAGUGUUAAGAGCUGAUUUUAAUAAAAUUGCCAGUUUACAUGAUGAUUUCUUUUCAUUGAAAAAAAUUGAAUAUGUAUAUCUUUCACAUAACCAUAUUACACAACCGAUAUCUGGUACACGUUUAAAGUACUUAAACCAUCUAAAAGUGAUUGAUUUAUCAUACAAUGGUUUGUCUUUUUUACCUACUGUCAUAUUCAGUCUACCAUGUUUACAAACAUUAAAAGUUGAUCACAACAAUAUAUCAAAUUUGCCUACAUUAAGAUCAAAUUCUAGAAUUUCUAAAGAACCAAUACAACUGAUUGAUCUUUCACAUAAUCAAAUUAAUGCAAUAUCUGAUGGUUUACUUAAAAUAACGAAACAGUUAGAUUUAAGUAAAAACAAAUUACGAAUGUUUCCUGCUAGUUUACUUAAAAUGAUUGCAAAUAUGGCUCAAUUAAAAAAGAUAAAACCAUCAGAAAUGAUUAAACUUGAUUUAAAUGAUAAUCCAAUUAUAUGGCCACCAUAUAAUACUAUUGAAUGUGGCAUCGAUGCAAUGAUUCAAUAUUUUGUAGAAUCAAGAACUGAAUUACAAUCAUAUUAUGGUAUUAAAAUAAUGUUAUUAGGUGAUAUAAAUUGUGGUAAAUCUAGUUUAGCUAUGAGUAUAGUAGAUAGACAAAUUCAUAUGACAGAAAGUAUAGAAGAAACCACUUAUAGUAUCGAAUCAUAUACUAUACAUUAUGAUGCCAUUGAAUUAACAUCGAAAUUAUAUACAAAUUCAAAAGAUAAUAAUAAUAAUCACAUAAAUUCACAAACGCAAACUAAUCGACCAACAACAAUCACAAUAUGGGAUUGUUCUGGUUAUCUAAAUUAUAUACCAUUAAUAUCCUAUUUUACAUCAUUAUCAACCAUUUAUAUUAUUGUAGUGGAUAUAACAAAAUUCAAUUCUACAAUCUUAAUAGAUGAUAAUAUAAAAUUAAAGAAAUCAAAUAAUUAUUUUUAUCAAUCUGUUGCUAUAUGGUUAGAUCUUCUAUUAUAUCGUUUAAAUUAUCUUAAAUUAAUUUUGAUUGUUACUAAAUGUGAUCUUAUACAAUCCACAAUAGAAUUAAAUAAUAAAAUGAAUUAUUUAUAUAAACAAACAAUUAAUUAUAUAAAAUUUAAAAAAUAUUGGUUAAAAGAACAAAUUACACAGAUUGAAUCAUCAUUACAAAUAUCGAAAUCCAUGUUACUAUAUUAUGAACAAUUAAAUUAUAUUUAUAAUAAUUUAUAUACAUUUAUUUAUCCAAUUAUUCAAUCAUUUUCAUUCAAUGAUAUCAAUGAUAAAACAAUUUCUAAUUUCAAUCAAUUAUGUUUUAUAUCAUUUGAUUUAGCGAUUAAAACUCCAACUUAUAUACCAUAUUGUUUAACACCAUUACCACAUAUAUGGUCAGAUAUUGAAUUAUAUUUAAAUGAUAUUAAACAUGAUUAUUAUAAUAAUAAUAAUGAAGUGAAUACAACUAUACUACUGAAAUCUUAUUUUUGUCAUUUAUUACAAAAUAAAUUUAAUUUAAAUGUAUUAAAUUUAAAACAAUUACUUAUUUAUUUAAAUAAUACAGGUAAAAUUAUAAUAUUAGACUCAUAUUCAAUGAACAAUAAUCAUAAUCAUAAUAAUAAUAAUAGUAGUAGUAGUAAUGAAGGGCAAUCUUAUAAUGAUCCAAUGAAAUCCCUAAUUAGACCAUAUCCCAAAUUCUAUGUAUUAAUUAAUCCUGAUUUAUUUAUUGAAUCAUUUAAAUAUUUAUUAAAUCCUUAUUUAUAUUGUAUAAUGGAUUAUAUAAAACAUAAAAAUUCCAAUGAAACUAUUUAUUUACCUAAAACAUUUAUCAAAGAUUUGCUAAAACAUUUUUAUACGAUUACAAAACAUGAUGCAAUGAAUCAAUUAAUCUAUAGUUGUAAUGAAUUAAAACGUGGUACUGGUAUUAUAAGCGCCUAUUUAUGGAUUGCAUUAGUGGAAUAUAGUAAUCUUUAUAUUAUUAAAAAUAAUAUUGAAACCGGUAAAUCCUACGUUGAAAUUAUAUGGAGAUGGUUAGAACUUGCUUAUCCAGUACCUGAACCAAAUUUAUUUAUAAAUUUUGAUUUUAAUUUAGACAAUAAUGUAUCAUUGAAUGGAUUGAAUUCAUCAACUUGGAAACUUAAAUAUGGUACAGUAGAAAUUUCUGAAUCUCCUGUGGACAAAUUCCAGAUACUUAUUAAUAUAACUGGUAGUCACUUAAGUGAUCAAGAAAGAUUGAAAUAUCGUCUAAGAAGUACAGAAGAUUCACUUUUUGUUGAACUGUAUCCACAGUUUUCAUCUCCAGCUCAUCGUAAUGAUGGUGAAGAAGAGAAAAUCUAUUUACAACUGUUAUGCGUUACAAUUAUAUCCCUUGUUCUAGUUGUAUUUGUUGUUUCUAUUAUAUUUUCUUGUUGGUGGACUAAAAGUUAUAAAAUACCAAUUGAUUUAGGUAUUACAGAUGCUGUUUACUAUAUUUCUUUGAAACAUGAGGAUGGUUUAGUAGACGGAGAGAAGAAAGCUUCAAGGAAGAAAUCAGCUGAAUCUGCAUCAAACGUCAAUGUAGCUAAUAUAUCUACAAAUUCUGGAAAUCAGUGCGAAUUGAUUGAAUUAAUAUCAACUCCACAUUCAAGAUCUGAAAAUAACAAUCAAACAAAAGCACAUGUUUACGUCUCACCGACUGUAGCGUAUGCCACUGUUUCUAUUGGAAACAAUCCAGAAUUAAACGUUUCAGCACUAACGACUAUUCUACCGGCAAACUGUCCAUUACCACGUUAUGUUGUAGCAGCUGGUGAAAUGAGGAAUACUGGAAACAAUAACAAUAAUGUGACUUCGGAUUUAGAUCGAUUACCAGAUGGGACAAUUAUUGGUACACCAAUAUUAUUAUCAGCUAAUUCUUCGAAUGGCGUUAUCGCAGGUCUUCUUCCAGAUUCUAGCAGUGCGAAUAUAAAUCCAUCCGUUACCUAUGUGAAAUUAGCUAAACCAUUCGUCAUAAGCUGUGAACAAAAAGUUGCGUUAGAUGGAUUACAUAUUAAAAAAGAUCAUCCGCUUGUUAUGGGAUCUGUUCAAAAUGUGGAUACUUCCAGUACACCAAAAACUCUAGCUACAAGUUCUUUGCGCUUGAGAACACUUCCUUCAAGACGUCAUGUUGCUAAGGAAUUUCUCGAUGAGUCUGUCCUAGCUACAAUGUCACGUUCAAGAACUCCUCUGAAUAAUAAGAUUGGUGUAAAUCAAAUUACCCAAGUUCAUAGUGAAGCGGUAAUGACUACAGCGCAUACUUUACCUAGUGGUGCAUUAGUAUCUUUAAAUCCAUCAGUUCUGUUAAUUCGAACAAGUCAACCAGUUAAAACUAUUAAUGAGGAAUGUGAAGGCGGUAUGAAUGACCGUAACCAAUUCAAUGUUAUAACAACACUCCCUGAACUAUUGUCUAGUAAAUCUGUUGGGACAAUGUCUACUGGAAUUGCCAGUGCAGUUCCCCUGUAUGUCAGUAAUUCUAUAUCGGGUGCUUCGGGAGAAUUAAUGACAACUUCAAGUAUCGGUUAUAUGCCAUCGUUUUCAAUUCCAUCAAGUGUAAUUCCUGUGUCGUGCGAUUCUCAUCAAAUCUUUAAUCAUUAUAUACCUGGUCAUGGUUCAGAUGAAACAAGCGGUAUUCUUUCAGACUCUGAAGGUAGUACAAGCUUUACAGCUGGAGCUCAAACAAACACAUUUUUUCUGUCACAUCCAUUUUAUCCGGCUUCUGGUAGUUCUGAUGUGCAAGUUAUACAACCGGUAAUUAGUAGUAGUGGUAUUAUUCCUAAAUCAACAAGUUCCACAUUUUUAAAGUCGCUGACCUCACAAGGCAUUUCUAUUGGCAUUUCUGCUGCGAUUCCAUUUCUUCUUCAAUCAAAUUACCAUACCGGUGGCUAUAAUUCACAAGCAACAUUUUCAAUAUCAGCCUGGCCUCAUGCUAUGAAACUUCUCUGGGCUCCAAUAGUUGAUUCAAUUUACGUCAAUUUUAUUGGAAGACGGAAGACGUGGCUCAUAAUAACUCAGUAUGCAAUUGGAAUUGAGUUAAUUGUGCUAGCAAGUCUUAUCGAUGAUUUGUUUGGACGAGACCCUAACAAAGCAUAUAGUCAGUUAGGAUCACAUCAUCCAGUUGCUAUAAUACCCUUAACUAUAGCAUUUUUCGUACUUACAUUUCUGACAGCUACACAAGAUGUUGCGGUUGAUGGCUGGGCCUUGACAUUGCUAUCGAAGAAGAAUGUUGGUUUGGCUUCUACUUGUAAUAAAGUUGGACAGAGCCUUGGUUAUGCGUUAUCAUUUAUUCUCUUAGUUUGCUUAGAGUCUCCUGAUAUUCCUAACAAAUAUCUUAGACGAACGCCUAUAGCAGACAAAGGAUUAAUAACAUUUUCCGGUUUUCUCUAUGCAUGGGGUUUUGGUUUCAUGAUAUUUAACACAGUUUUGGUAAUAUUUAAACAUGAAAAAGGCUCGAAAUUGGAUGGGAUUAUACGUCACUUCGUAAAAAGUCGUUUAUUCACUGGUGCUUUAGGAACUACUGUCUCUCUCGCUCUAAUAGAGCGUUUGACAAUUCAUUCAUGUACGAAAAAUGCCAGUCAUUCUGGAACACAUACAAACACUAGUGGGAUAUUUUCAAAUAGUUCAUUGGCUACUGAAAAUACCACUUGCUAUACUUUAGAUGGAAAUAACACAUGUAUUAAUCCAAUAGAAUCAUGCGUUAAAGUAUUCGAUGGAUACUAUAUUGAAGUGAUAGCUCUUCUCAUCGUUGGUUCAAUAUUAUUUGUAUUGUUCUUUUAUCCAAAAGCAAAAUAUUUGCAAAGUUUACCAGUAACGAAAUUUUAUUACAAUCCAAGUACUGAUGAAUACAGUUGUUUUGGUCGUAAAUUUAACUGUUGUCGUAAAACGGAAAAUCAGUCAUUAGAUAUAACUGAUAAUUUUGAAAGUAUGGAAAACAAUACUGAUACUACUAGUACUGCUGCUGUUGCUACUACUACUACUACUACUAAUGAUAAUAAUAAUAAUAAUAAUGAUAAUAAUGGUGAAAUCAAAUUACUUUUGAGCAAUUAA